AUGGAGAACAUACCUUAUGCUACAGUGGUUGGGUGUCUUGGAUACAUUCAAGUUUGUACAAGGCCAGGCAUUGCUUUUGCCGUCAAGAUGCUAGGACGGUACUUGAAAAAUCUAGAUGUUGUCGAUUAUUCUGAUGCGGACUUUGCCGGUUGUUUUGGUUCUCGAAGAUCAACUUCAAGAUACGUCUUUGUCAUGGCCGAUGGGGCUAUCUCGUGGAGAAGUGUUAAACAGUCCUUAAUAACUACUUCUACCGUGGAAGCCGAGUUCGUUACCUAUUACGAGGAAACUUCACAAGGUGUGUGGCUCAAGAAUUCCAUCUCUGUGCUUAGAGUUAUGGACUCUAUAUCUAAGCCAUUGAAAAUUUACUAUGACAGCUCCGUUGUGGUCUUUCUAGCUAAGAACGACAAAAAUGAAAGUCGAAGUAAGCACAUCGACAUUAAGUUCUUAGCCAUUAGGGAGCGUGUCAAGAACCAACUUGUGAUCAUUGAACACAUUAGUAUUGGGUUGAUGUUAGCAUAUCCCUUUACUAAAGCCAUGCCUCUAUUUAGAUUCAAGGAUCUUGUUGAGAAACUGAGACUUUAG